GUCUUUUGAAGGGGCAAAUGGUACUACCAAGAGCAAACGCCAAGGACGCGUGGACAUCGAUUUGAAUUGAGUUGAUACCUGCAUUGCCGAAUCCCGGAUUAAGCUUCUUUCAUCUUACAUUCAUCCACUUUCUCUUUUUGCAUUUCAUCUCUAGCUCUGCUUCUAGCGUUCAAACGUCGGGCACGAAUGCCUCAUUCCCAGCCUCCAAGAGACGACGGCGCCCAGCAAAUCAAAGGCCAUGACAAUCUCAGCAGGCACGAAGAGGGCGAGCUUAUCCAAAAGGAUGACUGGCAUCACGGCUUGUGUGGAUGCUGUGCGUACUGCGAGCUUUGCAUUCUGAGUACUUUCGUGCCAUGUCUUUUACUCGGCCAGACUUCCCAUCGUAUGAAAGAGCCUUCGAUGGAAAGCUACAGGCAUAACAAUCGCGAUUGCAUAGUGAUGAUGGGAGUGACCUAUGGAACUGGGUUUGGUUGGAUGUAUGUCAUGAAGAAGCGAUUCGAGAUCCGAAAACGCUACGGUAUCAAAGGCACAGACGCGAGAGACUGCUGCGCAUCUUACUGGUGUCUCUCGUCUGCUUGGGUUCAGCAUGAAAGGGAAGUACUUGCCCGGCAGGCUGCGAGGAGUGAUCCCAUCACUGAGGGUUAUCAAUCUCCACCUGCUAUGGAAUUGCCCUCUAGAAAAACUCAGCCCACGACAUAGAGUUUGAAGGGAAUUGCGUUUUUCCGGGGCUAAUAUGAUGGUUGCGAUCCCGAGGUUCUCACAGCCUUGGCCUCAACUGACAGUCUGACAUCGGGACGUACUCCGUACAUGGGGACAUCGAGGGCUGAAGGCAGUUCCGACAGGAAGAAUUGACAAGCUGGCCAAGCUAGUUCCAUGUAAAUUCUAUCACAAUUCAACUGACAAGUAAAUUGUCUCGUGUUCUUCC